CGUUUAAAAUAAAAAAAAGCGGUUGUCAUAACAAACAGACAAUUCAGAGACAUGGCAACUAAAACCAAAACGGGUAUUUGUGCUAUUACAACCACCGUAGUUGCAUUUUUAUUUAUAUUAAUCGCUUUUUGUACCCCUUAUUGGCUCGUAAAUGAUGGAAAAAUUCCCGAUCCACAAUUCAUUAAAAUUGGUUUAUGGGAAGUGUGUUUUAAUAAUUUCAAAGAAUUUAAGCACCAAUAUGAUACAAAAUUCUUAGGGUGCUGGUGGGUUUUUGAAGAAGAAUACUACAUCAUCCAUGAUUUUCUUUUACCAGCAUUCUUUAUUGCCACCCAAUUCUUUUUCACCCUUUGCAUGACUUUAUUAUUAGUUGCCGCGUUUUUAACAUGGAUGUAUUGUUUUUGUAGUCGCGAUCAUGAUAAAUAUUUACUUUUAUUAUUAACAAUUGGAUCAGAUUUAAUUUUGGCUGGUUUCUUUGGAACCGUUUCUUGCUUAAUUUUUGGGUCAAAUGGUGACCGACGAGAUUGGAUGCCUUAUUGGGAACAUAAUGAUUUAGGGUGGUCGUUUGGUUUAGCUUGUGUUGGUUCAUUAUUGUUAUUCCCAGCAGGGGCUAUGUUUUUAGUGGAAGCUAGACGAGUUAGAUAUCGAAAAUUAGAAGCUUCAAGACCAUCUUUACAAUAUCAAAUGGAUGAACGUAAACCACAUCAUUCACAAAUGUAUUAAAAUUAAGCGUUUUUCUGUAUUGAAUCUACUUACUAAGUGUAAACCGUCCAUUUUGUUUACUUUUUAUUAAUAAUUUUGGUAUUUAAAGUGUUAAAAGCGACCAUAAAGGAGUAUUAAUGUUUAUGAACAAAGUGUUGUAUAUUAAUGUUGAAUCUUGAUUGAAUCUAUUUUUAAAAGUGC